UUGCAACAUACACACACACACUAAACAGGGACCCUCAUCGCAGAGCCGGAGUUUGGUUAAAGUGAAAGGAUCAGCCGCUCGACCGCAGUCCGACUCUCCCGCCUCGAGAUGACCCGCCCUCGUUAGAGUUAAAGAAGUCGCAGGGCUUGAGGAGGUUUGCGCGCAUCCAGGAUCCCUCCCGCCCAGUCAAGGGACCAUGAAGAAACUGCUACUGGGAUGUUGCUGGCUGCUUCCUUGGGCUCUCCUCGCCGCAGGUGGAGGGGAAAAGGGGUCAGGUAAAGGUGAUAGUCAAGCCGAAUCCAUGCCAUUGGGGACACUGCCACGCUUCCUAAUUGAACCAGAGGAUUCAUACAUAGUGAAGAGCAAUCCCAUUAAGCUGCGCUGCAAAGCGAUACCGGCCAUGCAGAUCUUCUUCAAGUGCAAUGGAGACUGGGUCCAUCAGAAAGAACACAUGCUGGAGGAACAUGUGGACGAGCACACAGGCCUGAGUGUUCGGGAGGUCCUGAUCAAUGUUUCUCGGCAGCAAGUGGAAGAUUUUCACGGUCCAGAGGAUUACUGGUGUCUUUGCGUAGCUUGGAGUCAACAGGGAACAACGAAAAGCAGAAAAGCUACGGUCCGAAUUGCAUAUUUGAGGAAAAAUUUUGAACAAGACCCCCAGGCAAAAGAGGUUCCCCUAGAAGGGAAGAUCAUUUUACACUGUCGUCCCCCGGAGGGAGUGCCUUCUGCCAAGGUUGAAUGGCUGAAGAAUGAGGAGCCGAUUGAUCCAAAGCGUGAUCCGAACAUUUACAGCACCGCAGAGCAUGAUCUCAUCAUUGAGCAAGCGCAUCUCUCUGACUCAGGCAACUACACCUGUGUCGCUACAAAUGUGGUUGCCAAACGACGCAGCACAGCUGCCACGCUGACCGUGUUUGUGAAUGGUGCCUGGUCAAUGUGGACAGAGUGGUCACCUUGUAGUGUCCGAUGUGGCAGAGGAUGGCAGAAACGAACACGGACCUGCACCAACCCGGCCCCGCUAAAUGGGGGAGCCUUUUGCGAAGGGACUUCAGUUCAGAAAAUCGUCUGCUCCUCCCUCUGCCCAGUGGAUGGUGCCUGGGAGCCCUGGAACGUGUGGUCACCCUGCUCCUCCGAGUGUGAACACCAAAGAGUCCGUGCAUGCGUGGCUCCUGAACCGAGGUAUGGCGGAAAAUUCUGCGAGGGGCUGAGCCAGGAGUCUAAGAACUGCACCGAGGGACUCUGCAUUCAAAGCCAGACACCUCUGCAGGAAGUACAGCCUCAAAGUAUUGAAACCAACAGCGAUGUGGCUCUAUACUCUGGCCUUGGCGCAGCAGUGAUAGCCGUCGCAGUGCUUGUGGUGGGCAUCACAUUAUAUCGAAGAAGUCAAAGUGAAUAUGGUGUUGAUGUUAUUGAUUCUUCGGCUCUGGCCGGUGGCUUUCAGUCCUUCAACUUCAAGACUGCCAGACAGGGCAAUUCUCUGCUUUUGAACCCAUCAAUACAGCCUGACCUGACGGUGAGCAGGACGUAUAGUGGACCAAUCUGCUUCCAGGACCCUGUGAACAAAGAACUCAUGACCCAGUCACCACUCUUUGACUCUCUGCCAGGGAUCAAAGUUAAAGUACAAAGUUCUUUAAUGGUGUCACUUGGAGUUGCCGAUGGAGUGGAGUAUCAUGGGAGGGUACCAUCCCGGACUUACCCUCGUAAUAGCAGAAGUGUUGACAAAAUACAUGCAAGAAGCAAUGCAUCAAGUUCUCAGCAUCUCUCUGCCGCAAUUACAAAGGCUGAAAACAGAACUUCCGGCAUAUUUGGGUGUCUGGGUGGAUGCCUGGAGGGACCAACGAAAGGAGUCCGUUUAUUGGUUCCACUGGGGGCAAUUCCAGAGGGAAAUUCUUGGGAAAUAUACAUUGCAGUCAAUCAAGGCGUAAACAGCCUGCAGCCAGAAGGAGCUGAGGUAAUCUUGAGUCCCGAGGUCACCUGCGGGCCACCAGGUCUGUCCUUGUCCAGCCCCAUUGCUCUGACUGUCCCUCACUGCGCAAUGGUAUGUUCGGAGCACUGGAGCAUAAAGCUGAAGAGACAGACACUGACAGGAAAGUGGGAGGAAGUGAUGUUGCUUGAAGACGAGACCACAUCCUGUUACUGCCUAUUGGAUUCUCAUUCCUGUCACAUCCUCUUGGACCACCUUGGCACAUAUGCACUCGUGGGCGAGGCAGUCACAGAGUGUGCGGAGAAGAGACUGAAGCUUGCUGUCUUUGGGCGUCUGUCCUACAGCUCACUGGAGUACAAUUUCAGAGUGUAUUGCAUGGACGACAUUCCAAGUGUUUUGCAGGAAGUGAUGUGUGAGGAGAGAAACCAGGGUGGACAUCUAUUGGACGAGCCCAGAACUUUACACUUCAAAGCAAACUCAUACGGCCUUCAAGUUUCCGUGCUUGACGUACCCCAGUUCCUGUGGAGAAUCAAACCACUGACUGUUUUUCAGCAGGAAUUUGCCUUUUCCCAUAUCUGGUGCAGGAACCAGCAGCCCCUGCCGUGUGCCUUUAGAGUGGAAAGAUUCAACUCAGCUACCACACACUUCUCCUGCAAGAUCUGCAUCCGGCAGCUGAAAGGCGAUGAGCAGAUCUUUCACCUCAGCACCUCCAUCUUUGAGGAUGAGAGAGAAGCUGUUCACUUCUGUGCACAAGCAGCAAGUGAUGUGGCCACGUUAGCAGGUCCCAAAGCAUUUAAAAUCCCAUAUUCCAUCAGACAGAAGAUCUGUACCACCUUUGAUGUUCCCAGUGCUUCGGGCAAAGACUGGCGGCUCUUAGCACAAAAACUCCACAUAGACAGGAACCUGAGUUACUUUGCAGUUAAAAGCAGCCCCGCUGGUACAAUCUUGGACAUAUGGGAGGCACAGCAUCAAAAUGACAGAGACCUUGACUCUCUGGCCAGUGCUCUCGAGGAAAUAGGCAGGAUCCAGUGUCCUGCCUCAAUGACAGCUGAAGGCGACGGUGAUGAAUCAGACUACAACUACGGUGGAUGAAUCAGAACCCCUUGCCAUUAUUCCAGGAGGACUCUGGGUCCAGCUCACCCCUGAGCGGGUUCAGCUCACCCCUGAGCAAGUUCAGCUCAGUCACAAUAUCGGAAAGAUUUCUCAGGAAAUGAAAUAUGGUUUACUGUCCAGAUCUUUGGAUGUGUAUGUAAAUAGAAAUUUACUUGUAAAUACUUUGAACAAGGGUGCACCAAUUAUAAUUUAUCAGACCAAUUUAAUCAACAGUUUGUUGAUUGGCUACAAAAAAAAAGCAUUCAUAGUUUGACUGGAAAAUCCCUGGAAUUACACCCCGCUACAUCCCGCUGUUACUUCAGAGGUGCAUCCGAAAUCCUCUAAAGCUCUGAGGAAUUUCCCAACUUAAAUGAUUGCAUACUGCUGUUUAUCGAAAGCAACCUUUCAGCCUCGCCCUGUGGCAGUGAAGAGAGCAAGCCGUUGUCAAUAAGCAGUAUUUUGAGUUCUUGGUUACUGUUGACUGCACUGGUACUGAAACAUCAAUUGUUGCCCUGGUGACUGUGAGUUAAGUGUAGUGACUGUAACAAGGUCAGCCGGGUGGACCUCACAGAAUCUGAGUUCCCCAAUUGGGGCUA